UGGUUGGUGAAACCUGUCACCCGGACAACACGACACAAAGAUAAAAUGAGAUACAGCCCACUUGUAGGCUACAUUGUAUCCUACAAUUAAACCAUAACUUCCUUGUUCCUCAGUGAGGUCAGCAAACCCAGCACUCUGUUAUUCCUGGAACAUAUACACACACAUGCAACAUCUAAAAGGAGUUUAUUUCUUCUCUAUCAAGACACAUCUAUGAUCAAAACAGCAGGAUGAGGAGGAUGAGUGUCUUCCCACAGCAUGACACUGCUCUGGGAAACCUGGGACUUACUGCGAAUGAAAUCCGACAGGAAACUGAAAACAAUACAUCUGAACUGGUCUCUGACCUGGUUAACCUGUCAGCUGGAGCCAGAUUUGAAGCCAUACGAUCAUUACAUGUGCCAUUUAAUGAGAAGAAAACAAUUAGGAACAGAGUGAACUCUGUCAAACUCUCAAAGACCAUCCUCGCUGCAGACUGUGGUCAACAGGUGUCUCGGUCUUUCCGCAGAUUUCGUGUCAGCUUGGCAUCAGCCAUGCAGCAUUUGGUUAUCUGGCAGGACACUCUGAAGGAGAUCGGCGGCAGGUUUGGCACUUCUGUCCUCUCCUACUUCUUGUUCCUUAAAUGGCUGUUGCAGUUCAACCUCUUCUCCCUCAUCAUCAACUUCUGCUUCAUCACAAUCCCACAAAUUGUGCAUGCGCCCAAUAUCAGCAGCAUCACAGGCUUCAGAGGACUUGAACUCCUCACUGGGGUGGGUUAUUUCAACAAGACUGUCUUGUUCUAUGGUGGUUACAAUGGUGAAGUGAUCGUAUCCAAACCAGCCUACAACAUGCAGUUGGCCUAUUUUUUCACCAUAGCUGCGUAUCUGGUGCUGUGUGGGGUGUCUCUUAUCUACAGCACGUCCAGAUCCUUUCAGAAGAACUUUGCGUUAGAGACAGGACCUGUCUCUGGAGGAGCAUGGCGUCUCCUGUGCAGCUGGGAUUUCAGUGUGGUCAAUGAAAAAGCCAUACAGUACAACAAGAACAAUCUCGCCAUUCAGCUGAAGGAGUCCUUAUCAGAAAGGUUACAGGAGAAAAACAAAAUGUCUCGGUCUGACAGAAUAAAGCAUCUGUCUCUUCACCUUCUGGCCUGGCUACUCUCUUUAGGACUUGCCCUAGGAUCUUGUGCAGGCAUCUACUUCUUGGGGACGAAUCGAGAACUGGCCUUCAGUUUCAGUCACGAUCCAAGUGAUUUAGGGGCUGAGGCAUCUACUCUGCUUCUGCCUGUGGUCGUGUCGCUCUUCAACCUGAUCGUGCCUCUUCUCUACUCUCUCAUCAGCAAAAUAGAGAGCUACUCCAACCCCCGCGCAAAGAUCUACAUCAGCAUUGUGAGAACUGUUAUUCUGAAGAUGUCCAUUCUUGGAAUCCUUUGCUUUUAUUGGCUGAGCUUCGUUCCCACCAAUAUCUCAUGUUGGGAGUCCUUUGUUGGGCAGAGCGUGUAUCGACUGCUGAUAAUUGACUUCAUAUUCUGUCUACUUGGCAUUUUCUUUGGGGAAUUCCUACGCAAUGUAAUCGGAACCAUGUGCAUCCAGAGUCUCGGCGUCCCAGAGUUUGACAUUGCUAGGAAUGUACUUGAUCUGAUCUAUGGCCAGACUCUGGCUUGGAUUGGAAUUUACUUCUCCCCUCUACUUCCUGUAAUGCAAGUCCUAAAAUUGUUUAUCAUCUUUUACUUGAAAAAGAUCAGUCUGAGUAUGAACUGUCAGCCUCCCAAACACACUGGCAGGGCCGCUCAGAUACAAACGGUCUUCAUUGCCCUACUCUUCUUCCCUUCGUUUGUGGGAGCGUUGUCCAUGGUAGCAUUCACAGUGUGGAGUCUGAAACCCUCAGAUCAGUGUGGGCCCUUCCAGGGUCUCAACACCCCUUUCCACACCAUUUUCAACUGGACUCAUUCUUUGCCUGAAACCCACUGGGUCAGGUGGAUAUUUGAAAACAUACUGAGAAGUGAACUCUUCUAUUACCUGAUUAGCCUCAUCGUCCUAGUCAUCACUUAUUUUCUCUGGCAAAUCACUCGGGGACGGAAAGAGCUCAUCAAGACUCUGCGAGAGCAGAUUGUGAAUGAAGGAAAGGACAAAGCAUUUCUCUUGAAUAAACUGCAAAAUCUACAGAAGGAGAGAAGGGAAAUGGCAUCCUACAGACCUCAGGACUUUGACCAGACCCCACAUUUCAACCCAAACUGGAUGAAUACGCUGCCCAUGGAUAUGUGAAAUAUAUUCUUAAAUGUAUACUGUACUGUUUUUUUUUUUUUUCAUUCAAUAAUGCGAGUAUGACUUUAGCUGGAUUAAGGCAAUUAAAAACCUCUAUUUACACGGUAGAUUCGUAAUCAGAGGAUUGUCUUAAUCAUGUUAAUAUCGGAAUAUUGAGCGCGUUUACAUGCACUUUAUUAAGCCGAAAACGCAUUGUUGCAAGUUGACUUGUUUCAAGCUUAAUUUAACAACACAACUGACAAAUGUAUGGAAUACUCGAAUGCACAAAUGAUUAUAUUUUGACGUCCCUAAUAACCUGAUUUAUGAAGUCAUGUAAACGCAGCUUACUUGCAUUGUCAGGUUUCUCAUGUGCAUGUAAACCGGGAAAACUGAUUAUUUUAAUAAGCUGAUUAUUUGUGAGUUAUAAUCUUUGUGGCGUGCAUGUAAACCUGCUCCGUGUUUUCUCUAUGGAGUCUCACACAUAUCUGUGAAAUAAAUGAGGUGUCACAAAUUAAGAA